AUGUCCGAUUCCAUCUCCAAGGUAAAGCUGUUGUAUGGGCUCCUAAAAAUCAAUCGCCCCGUGGGGCCCUUCCUGAAGGUUGUUCUCGGUCUACUUGAGCUUAGGUACCUCGACCUCUGGUUCAAUGACUUCGAGGGGCCUAUUCCCAUCAAGCUGUUUGAAAAGCUGCCCGACGCCAUAUUCCUCAACAGCAAAAGAGAAUUGUUUCUUGCACGGGAGAAGAAGCAAAGGUUGGGACAGGAAUGUCAAACGGUUUUGAGCGAGAAGGUGGACAGUGAAGCUACUGGAUGCAGAAUGCCCACGAGUAGGGGAGCAUCAAAGCCUAAGCCACCUAAGAAGGGAUCUCCACCAAAGGUGGAGGCGCCAAAGUAUGAGCCAAAUCACGAGCCUAAACCUUCGCCCCACCCAAUCAAACCUUCACCUUCACAAAAACAAAUGCCAAAUGCUUCUCAUGCGGGUUUCUUUUCCGCCAACUAUUGA